CUACAACCCUUCUCAGGUUGACGCCCUAGGUUGGAAAAUCAUCUAGUGUUUCCUCCUCCGACUUUCGACUCUCAGCACCUUCCAGGAGACACAGUUUUCUGAUAUCUCGCACCAACAUGCCACAACUAGUUCUCACCUCAACCGUCCUCACCAAUCCAUCACCACUACAGAUCAGCCUUACCACCACUCCCAAAUGCCACCUACCUGUGGCACAUUUAUCUGCUACUAAUACUAUGUCACCAACCUUUAAGUUUCGGCACAACUUUUUCCACUUGUCCCUGGUUUGCAGUGUUAGAACAUACUCCUUUAACCAUCUUUUCCAAAAUAUAUCUUUGAUGUGCCUGGCUUGUUUCCAUCUUUUAAUCGUAGGUAUUCGUUCCCCGCUUGCGUCCUCUAUGCCAGGGUUGUUUCUCAAUAACAAUAAUUUAUUUGGGGUUAAUACAUCAAAAUCCUUGACGUCGUCCCUCACAGGUGAUAACGGCCGGUCAUUUAAUAUUCGUUCAGCUUCACAAAAAAAUGUCUCCAGCGUUUCGUCAUUCAAACUCUGGUUUUUAAUUAUGGAGCUUAAAAUACGCUUGAUAAUUCCCAUAAGUCUUUCCCAUAGCCCACCUCUGUGGUGAGAGCAGGCUGCUAGCCGAUUGGUUGGCACUAAUCUACGUUAAGGUCUAGGUCACUAAUAUGGGCCGUGAACAAGCCUGAGUCAACAACCAAUCACAGCAAAGUUAACGUGGCAAAAUAUGAUUCGCAGAGAGAACUCUAUUUGUCAAGGAAUCCCGAAACAACCAAUCAGAAGCCUGCGUUUGUCUACCUAAACAACCAAUCAGAUGACUGCGCUUGUCUAUAAUAAUGUAGUUGAAAGAUGUAUAAAUACGUGUUGAUUUUCAUAAUAAAACGAUCUGUUGCCUGGCCCUUGUCUUCUGUUGUUACAUUUGGUGUCGCUGCCUACCGACAAAUGAAAAGCCUAUACCCUGCAGUUUUUGAUGGAGACAUAUGGAU